AUGAGUUCGUCUUAUGAGAAGGAUAUAUCCGAUGGGAAGGACGCCCACUUGAGGGUUGAAUCCGAGUUCAUCUCUCAAGAACCGCUAUCGCACGAUCUUUCCUCCACCGGCUCUGAGGAACACAAGAAGGGCAAAGUAUGGACCCGUUUUGUCGACUCCUUCAGGGAGAGGGAGAGACUCGAAGUUGAUCCAAACAUGUCCGAACUGGACCAAAUCGCUUUCAGAACCGCAAACUCCCCAUUGCAACACCAUUUGAAGAACAGACACUUGCAAAUGAUCGCCAUCGGUGGUGCCAUCGGUACUGGUCUCUUCGUCGGGUCCGGUACUGCUUUGAGAACCGCUGGCCCAGCUGGGAUCCUUAUCGGGUGGGGGUUGACCGGUACCAUGAUCUACUCCAUGGUCAUGGCUCUCGGUGAACUGGCUGUUCUUUUCCCUGUCUCCGGUGGGUUUACCACUUACGCAACGAGAUUUAUCGAUGAGUCCUACGGGUUUGCUAACAACAUAAAUUAUAUGUUGCAAUGGCUAGUGGUUCUCCCUUUGGAAAUUGUUGCUGCCUCGAUCACAGUAAACUACUGGGGGACGAAUCCAAGAUAUAGAGACGGGUUCGUCGCUCUUUUCUGGCUCGCCAUCUUCAUCAUCAAUCUAUUCGGGGUCAAGGGUUACGGUGAAGCAGAGUUCAUCUUCUCCAUCAUCAAGGUCAUCACCGUCGUCGGGUUCAUCAUCCUAGGUAUCAUCCUGAACUGUGGUGGUGGCCCUGUCAAGGGUUACAUUGGAGGUAGGUACUGGCAUCACCCAUACGGUGCUUUUGUAGGUGAUUCCGCGGGUGCCAGAUUCAAAGGUGUCUGUUCUGUCUUCGUCACUGCUGCCUUCUCGUUUGCAGGUAGUGAAUUAGUCGGUUUAGCAAGUGCAGAAACGGCCAAUCCAAGGAAAUCCGUUCCAAAGGCUGCAAAGCAAGUCUUCUGGAGAAUCACACUGUUUUACCUGUUGGCUUUGGGUAUGGUUGGUCUAUUGGUCCCAUACACUGAAAAACGUUUGAUUGGUGCCUCUUCAGUCGACGCCGCUGCCUCCCCAUUUGUUAUCGCCAUUACCACUCACGGUAUCAGAGGUCUACCAUCUGUUGUCAACGUUGUCAUUUUGAUCGCCGUUCUAUCCGUUGGUAACUCCGCUAUCUACGCAUGUUCGAGAACUCUAUGUGCCCUAGCUGAACAGAACUUCUUACCUAAAUUCUUUGGCUACAUUGAUCGUUCAGGGAGACCAUUGUACAGUAUCUUGGUGACUUCUGGGUUCGGUUUGGUUGCCUUCGUUGCUCAAUCUAAAAAGGAGGGUGAGGUUUUCAACUGGUUGCUGGCUUUGUCAGGUCUAUCCUCCUUGUUUACAUGGGGGGGGAUCUGUCUGUGUCAUAUCAGAUUCAGAAAGGCGUUGUCCGCGCAAGGCAGAGGCACGGACGAGUUGUCAUUUGUUUCCCCAGCUGGUGUUUACGGCUCCUACUGGGGGCUCUUCAUGAUCAUCCUUAUGUUCAUUGCCCAGUUUUAUGUUGCCUUAUUCCCUCCUGGUGCUAAACCAAACGCAAAGGCUUUCUUCGAAGCUUAUUUAUCCUUCCCUAUUGUGAUCGCCUGCUACCUAGGCCACAAGAUCUACAAAAAGAACUGGAAAAUAUUUAUUAAGGCCGAAGAUAUGGACAUCGACACAGGUAGAAAGGACGAUGAUCUAGAUUUGUUACGUCAAGAAGUGGCCGAAGAAAGAGCAGUCUUAGCCACGAAACCGUGGUGGUACAGGUGGUGGGUGUUCUGGUGUUAA